GUAUAGGCAGCUCACACACACACACACACACACACACACAGCCAGAGGCUGGAAGAAGCAUGUCAGGACAUGGGACGGACCAGGAUUCGAGGUGCACAUACACAUACCUUCCAGGACAGUGAGGAACCAGCAGGAUGAAGACGGUGGCAAAGAGUGAAGACAUCAGAGCAGGACAGGCUACGAGUGGGUGAUGAAGACAGAGAGACAGACGGACAAAGAUGUGUGACUGAGCUGCAGUGUCCCCACCUGUUAGAGUGCUGCUCUCAUGGCGGGACCGACCACACAGCAGGAGCCCUUGAAGACCCAGCAGAAGUGCAUUGCCAUCUUUGCCCUUCUCUGCUGCUUUGCUGUGGUGGUGGCGCUGAUCUUCUCAUCAGUGGACAUUUGGGGGGACGAUGAGGACGGUAUCACAGAGGAAAACUGCAGCAGAGACUGCAGCAUUGUGCUUGUGGAGAAUAUUCCAGACGACCUCUUUCUCCCCAUGGAUGGCAGACCCCACCUCCCUCUCUCUGCUGGCUUUCAUACAUUGUUGGACAAGGCAAAGCACUCAGUUGAGGUGGUCUCACCUGUCUGGGCCUUAAACCCCUGGGACCUCGAAACAACGCCAAGCUCUGCCAAACAGGGUCAGCUGUUGUUCCAGAGACUGCUCAGCCUGAAAUCUCGUGGGGUGAAGCUGAAGAUUGCCAGCAGUCUGACUAACUCUGCUGAACUGAAGACCUUGGCAGCACACAAUGCAGAGGUUCAUUUUGUUAAUAUGACAGCUUUUACCAGAGGAGGACUGCAUUCCUCGUUCUGGAUAGUGGAUCGGAGGCACAUUUACAUCGGGAGCGCUGAUAUGGACUGGAGGUCACUCUCCAAGAGGAAAGAACUGGGGGUGGUGGUGUAUAACUGCAGCUGUCUGGCUCUGGACCUCCACCGAGUCUUUUCGUUUUACUGGCAGCUCCACGAGAGGGACUACAUCCCCUCUAUCUGGUCGAAGAGAGUUACAGCCCUGUACGGGAGGCACGACGCCCUGGAGCUACAACUCAACGCCUCAGAAGCCACUGCUUACGUGUCUACCUCUCCCGAACUCUUCUGCGCUAGAGAUCGCACCCGAGAUGUCGAUGCCAUCUAUCAAGUCAUCCAGAGUGCAAAGACAUUCAUCUUCAUAUCUGUGACGGACUACCUCCCUCUGUUGAGCAGGAGCUUCAGAGGAACGUCAGUCACAAGGUACUGGUCAACUAUUGAUGAGAUGAUCAGAGAGGCUGUGGUCCUGAAAGGAGUCAGAGUUCGCCUGCUGAUAAGCUUCUGGAAGAAGACCCACCCCCUCACCUUUAACUUUGUCACCUCCCUCAAGUCGCUCUGCAUGCAGCUGCCCAACUGUUCGGUAGAGGUGAGGUUUUUUAGUCACAAGGAGAAAGAGGAAGACAUUCAACACGGACUCAACCACAACAAGUACAUGGUUACCGACAACGCUGUCUACAUUGGGAACCACGACUGGGUCGGGAGUGACUUUGCCAUCAACACAGGAGUCGGGCUGGUGGUCAAGACGAAAAAUAGCCUUGAAGGCAGGGGAGUCCUGGAACACUUCAAGGCUGCUUUUGAGAGAGACUGGAGGUCACGUUACGCUAAGAGUCUUCAAGGAAACAAAGAUCAACUGAGAUUCAGAAACCUGCAUCAAGUGAAAGUUAAUCUGCAGACUGAGGAGGAAAAGGAGCGGAACGACCCUUUAUCAUUAUAAGCAUAGAACGUCUGUCUAUAUCCUCAUCGGGCUGAAUAUACAACACAUGUACACAAUAUGAGAAUGUGACGUACACUAUUAGACUUGACAUUCAUUUUGUGACAUUAUUUUAAUAUAUUCAGAUGCAAUCAACAAAGACAAUGUUUGAAGUAAUAAGUUGACUCACUACAGUUGCAAGUUACAGUAACGGUAUCUAACUACUUCAUUAAAUGUUGACUGUUAUAUGAGCAUGCUAUGCUGCAUGAAUAUUGAAAGCAAUAUUCAAAUUCAAUCUAUAUAUAUUAUGACAAGCAAUAUGCUGAUUAUAAAAUCAAUAUGCUCUGUGUGAAUCUUAUUUAAAUCCAUAAACAUAUCCCAUCAAACUCACCAAAAUAAAUCAUUUAGUAUUUAAUGAUGAUGCAAUGUUUUUGUUGACAGUUUUAAUUUGUAUUUUACAGACAUUUUAAUACUUUUUGCAUCACAUUUAGGACUUUACUGAUAUAAAUGAAUAGCACACAGGCUUCACCGAUGUGACGACUGUUUAUCAUCUCAUUGAAAAUGUUCAUCUGACCAUAUAAAAUGUGCUUU